AUUGCUUAUUGCUACUCAAUUAUUACUUAAUUGUAAUUUUAUUGAAAGAGCGUCGUGUCAUCGUGACAGAUCUAGAAAGUUCCAUCGCUACUUGAAUAAAUAGUGGCAGCCCGAGAAUAAAUCAUGCGACUAUAUUCUCAUCAAUCAUCAAUAAGAUAAUGUUUUUCACGAUCAAUGACGAUGAAUAUCAUGUGAAAAUACUCGUCGUGCCAUUUUAUUUAUUAGGGUGCCUUUAGAGGGUGAUUUUUAGGGUGAGAAGCAUAUCUGCAUCAAGGAGCAAAAAUGGCACUGGUUAAUAUCGAAGGGAUUGAUCCCUGGCUCACCGAAUACGAUGCAUGUGAAAAACUGUUCCGUGAGAUCAUGGAACAGCUGACCAUGCGUGAUUCAGAACCAAAGGCAUCAAAAGUUUAUGCCAGUCUGUCAGCCAAUAUAAGGUUACGUAUGAAGCAAUACACACGGGAGGUUCAACAAUUGAAAAAUAAAGUGGAAGAAGCUUCUAAAUCAAGGACAAUAACCUUUGAGGAAGCUGAACGUAGAACAAGACAAGUGGAACAAUUACAGAGCAGGGAUAUACAGUUACAAAAGCUAUAUGACCCGCGUACAAAGGAUUACGCAUCGUCGCGUGCCAGCUUAUUGAAGUCCGGCUCGUCGGCUUUCGCCGACGGUGGCACGACUUCUUGGGCUGCCGAUGAGGAUGACGAGAAACCAAUAAAUGUACAAGUAACUGUUACCGACCUUGUGACUCAUCAGGAGCAAGUAUUGAAAGAGCAAGACAAAGGUUUAGAUGAGCUAUGUAAGGUGAUAGCUCGUCAGAAAGAGAUUGGCCAGUCUAUUAGCAACGAAGUGAACCACCAAAACGAAAUAAUUGACGAUCUGGCUGAUCAUAUGGAAAGGACUGACGAAUCGUUGGUCAACAAGACUCAACAGGUCCGUAAUAUUCAUUCCAAAGACCGUACGCUUGUUUACUGGGUGGUGAUAGUUUUACUUUUUAUCGCUAUCGUUGUUGUUGCUUUGGUAUAAAAAUAAACAAGUGAAUGAAAUCUCAUUUCCGUCAGAUUGUCUAUACUUUGAAUAUAAGGAUCGAAUACUGCA